AUGUCAUCUACCGACCUGUCGGCCCAACAGCCGCAACCGCCGCAAAACCCCGAAUCGACAUCGCAGUCUGCUGGCGGAGAUUCCAACACGAGCCCCAACGCUCAAGGCAGCUCUGCUGCUGCUGCUGCUGCCGCCGCCGCCGCCGCAAACCACUUGAGUUUUCGCAGGCAACGAGCUUCAAGAGCUUGCGAGGUACGAUGCGAUGCCGCGAGCCUGGGCGUGCCUUGCACGAACUGCGUCGCCUUCCAGAUCGAAUGCCGCAUCCCUACCCCCAAGCGCAAAAAGACAACAAAUGCCGGAACGAACAAGGACUCGGACAGGUCUGCCUCUACUUCGCCGUUUUCGCAUACCCUCAACCUUGGGCUAACUGAGGUGCGCUCCAGUGAGAAAGGAGAUACUGCCGACGACCGUUCACCAAGAGCGCCUAGUGUUUCUGCCCCUGGCCCCGGGACGUUCCCCCCGCGAACACCUGCUGUCUAUCACACCACAGACGGUACGCCGUCGUCCAACUACACCGAGUCGCAAGCCCGAAAAGAGGAGGUUGACAGUGGAACCUACCUCAACCUCGUGAUGAAACCCAAGUUUACAAGGGCCCCUAUUACGGACGCUGGCAGAGUCGCAUACCUCGGGGAGUCGUCUAACCUAACCUUGCUUGUCCAUGAUCGCCAAGGCUCGUCAGACGUCGUCCACUACCCUUUGCCCGAAAACGUCAGGGGAUCCAGAGCCCGCCUGACCGAGCUGGAUAACGUCGAAAUUGACAUUCUCCACCAGCGUGGCGCUUUUCUGCUACCGCCGCGGUCACUAUGUGACGAGCUCAUCGAUUCGUAUUUCAAAUGGAUCCAUCCCAUUGUUCCCGUCAUCAACCGCACCCGUUUUAUGCGACAAUAUCGCGAUCCCAAAAACCCGCCAUCUCUUUUGCUGUUGCAGGCUGUGCUGCUGGCCGGCUCCCGAGUCUGCACGAACCCGCAGUUGAUGGACGCCAAUGGCUCGACAACCCCUGCGGCCCUGACCUUCUACAAGAGAGCAAAGGCACUGUACGAUGCCAACUAUGAGGACGACCGAGUGACCAUCGUGCAAUCGCUGUUGCUGAUGGGCUGGUAUUGGGAAGGACCCGAAGAUGUCACCAAGAACGUGUUUUACUGGAGCCGAGUCGCUACCAUCGUUGCUCAGGGCUCUGGUAUGCAUAGAAGCGUCGAACAAUCGCAGCUCAGUCGCUCCGACAAGAGGCUUUGGAAGAGAAUCUGGUGGACCCUUUUCACGCGAGAUAGGUCCGUCGCUGUCGCCCUUGGUCGGCCUGUACACAUCAACCUGGACGACUCGGAUGUCGAAAUGCUCACCGAAGAUGACUUCAUUGAGGACGACGGCGACCGCAACAGCGAGUACCCUCCAGAUCCGAUACACGUUCAGUUUUUUAUGCAAUAUGUCAAACUCUGUGAGAUUAUGGGCCUGGUGCUCUCGCAACAGUACUCGGUGGCCUCGAAGGGUCGGCAGCGCAACGCAAUCGAUCUGACGCACAGCGAUAUGGCCCUCGCAGAUUGGCUUCAGAAUUGCCCCAAGAUUGUGUACUGGGAGGUUGCCCGGCAUCACUUUUGGUCUGCCCUGCUUCAUUCCAACUACUACACGACCUUGUGCCUCUUACACAGGGCACACAUGCCGCCCAACGGCGGAAGUCGGUUUCCUGACGAUUCUCCAUACCCAUCACGGAACAUUGCGUUCCAGGCAGCAGCCAUGAUCACCUCAAUUAUCGAGAACCUGGCGGCUCAUGGCGAACUGCGUUUUUGCCCGGCAUUUGUGGUGUACAGCUUGUUCUCUGCUCUCAUCAUGCAUGUAUAUCAAAUGCGGUCGCCUGUGCCUUCGAUUCAACAGGUGACGCAAGACAGAUUGAGAACAUGUAUGCAAGCCCUCAAGGAAGUCUCGCGCGUGUGGCUGGUGGGGAAGAUGGUGUACACCUUGUUCGAGUCCAUCAUAGGAAACAAAGUCCUCGAGGAGCGUCUGCAAAAAGCUGCAGGCAAGCGACACAGGAAGGCGCAACAGGCCAUGGCGCAGCUAGAGCAGCAUUCGCGUCCCCAUGACGUGGCCAAGCGGAAGUACGAUGAUAUGGCCAUUGACUUCAGCGUUAACACACCGACUCCCCAGGAGUCGUAUGAACGUUCACGUCCCCAGACACCGAGCCAUAUGAAGGGCGACGGUAACCCCCAAAACAUGCCGCCGCCGGUCACCUCUCCCAACCCCAGGCAACAUGACACAUUCAUGGGCGGGACAUCAUCACGGCCACAGACCAGACCUGCAACACCGUUCAACCCUUCCUUCUCCGUUCCAGCUACGCCACCAGACUUGUACCUGGUAACUCGCAACUCGCCGAACAUAUCCCAGUCUUUAUGGGAGAAUUUUCAGCCCGACCAGCUGUUCCCAGAGAGUGCCAGCAUGCCAGCCUUCCCCCUUAUGUCGCCUCCGUCCGCAAACCAACAAGGCCUCGACGCAGGUCUCAUGGCGCAACUCCAAAACCCCAGCUUGCAGAGCGGCCUGGCAGCCCAAAACACCCCGUUCCAUCAAAGGGGGGCCAACAAGACGGGCUUAAGUGGAAGCCCUCCUCAAGGCCACAAUGUCCUCCAAUCAGGCAUGCAGGGCUUCCAACAGCAUCAGCAGCAACCACAACAACAGCAGCCGCAGUCACAGGCGCAAGCACAAGGACAGAACUCCCACAGCAGUCUCAACAGCAAUUUAUGGACUGCCAACUUUGAUGGGCUGAUGCCUGACGGCCAGAGUCCGAGCGAUAGUUGGAGUACAGGAUCUGCCCAGGGGCAGCCUGUUCCAAACACCUUGAACGUCGAGGACUGGUUCCAAUUUUUCGGCAUCAAUAAUGGCGAUUUGGCAAACAUGAAUAUCGACCUAGGACUUGGACCCCAGUGA